UGUAGCGCCGACUCGGCUCGAAGUUGUGUAGUUUAAAGGCACACCACUGUACAAAAUAGAAGCACGUUUUUUUCGUAAUUAAAUAACCGUAGAGGCAGUAACAGUUACGUAGAGAAAACGUCACGAAGAGACCGUACGACAAUGCCGCCCCAGCCAGCACAUUGGGGGAAAAUCGUAUUCGUAUAUAUUUUUCAAUUAUUUUCAUAUGCAACAUCCACGGUGCAUGUGCAGCUGAUAGCGCCACACUACGUAACACACGGCAGCUCAGCCACUCUGCAUUGCAACCAUAGUGUCCUAGAUGUUCACUUGCAUAAAGUUGAAUUCAUGAAAGACGACAAGAAGAUAUUACAAUACAUAAAGGAUAGGAAGCCGCCGUUCGUCGAAUGGCGGGUAGACGGUGCGAAUAUGGAGUACUUGGAAAACGGCACGACAAUCAAAUUAAAGGACGUCCGUUUCGAGGCGUCCGGUUCAUAUUCCUGUCAGGUCUCAAUGACGACUCCUAUUUAUACAGCGGUUUCCGACCCCGUUGAAAUGAAAGUUAUAGAACCACAGACUGAAAACCCGAAAAUCACGUUCAAGAAAGAUAUGUACGUGGUGGGCGAGAAUUUAGAAGCGAAUUGCACUUCAUCGGCUGCGCGUCCAGUUCCUCACUUGACAUGGUUCAUAAACGGGAAGGAGGUGGACAUCACUCUGGUGAACCACUAUCCUCACACGUCUCACAAGGACCAUCUGAUGUCCGCCACUGCAAAAUUAACGAUAGAGGUUUCCGCGCUGCAUGCUGGGGAGAACGGAUAUUUGGAAAUCAGCUGCUACUCCACCAUUCCGGACUAUCCCAUGCACGAGCAGUACGCCGAUGUCAGGAUAGAAACGGUUUCGGUGCAAAUUAUACCCGCACCGAUCGCCGUCUCGUCAUCGCAGAAUGUCGCGCGGGGGUGGGCCCUGCCCACGUUGCUGUGCAUACUAUGCGCGAUGCACAAAAUCAUUCCUUAAUAAAAGUCAAUUGCUUUAGGAUAAUUAAAGAGAGAAACACGGAAAGAGAACAAAAAACAAAUGUGUAAUAUACGUAAAAACGGAAGAGAGAGAGAGAGAGAGAGUGAGAGGGUGAGAAGGUGAAUAGGGGAAGGGAGGGGGGUGGGUUGGGGAUCUAUAUACAUAUAUUAAAUAUAUAUAUUAUAUAUAUUAAUGAACGAACAAUCACAAUGUCUUCCUUGAUUAUACCGAAAUACACGGGGGCAGCGAUUUCAUUGUCUUGCAGAAAUUUUAUAACUCAUAGACGCGGCUUCUUCGUGCAACUAUUUUCGAUUGUCGCUUGUAUCGAUCGUUGUCUAUCUCGCGGAAAAAAAAGAGACACACUGAAAAAUCCCGCGGUGGAAUUUCUCGUCUUCGAGUCGAUCCGCAACAGGAACACGGCCAACGGCGAACGGCGUGUAUCAAAUAAAAGAAACAAAGAGAACAAAAAAAAAAUUAAGAAAAGCGUAGAUAAAGAGACAAAAAAAAAAUAUAGAAUCUCGUCGGUGAACAGGUGACUCUUGGUUUUUUCCAAAGUAAUCGUACACACGGGCGCAUUUACGGCUCGACUAUUAUCUCGCGUCGACGGCAUGAUUAAACGCGUUUCACUGCUCGUUUCUAGUCGAUCGUUCCUCGAUCCUUUUCCGUUCACGCAUCCUUCGAAACAACGUUGAGACCAUUCGAUAUAUAGGAUAAUUGUGUUUGUACUCGUUCGGUGAUAAGAGGUUCGUUGUGUAUCUCUAGGAAUAGAUACGAAUUACUGUCUUACCUACUUUAGAAUACUAUCGCGCUAUAUACAUACAUACAUGGUGAUUGUUCUACGAGAUGUGAUCUCGAGCGUUUUAAUGGAUAGCGUUGUUCGUUGAUCGGUGUGUCACGCUUACAAGGGGAGGUGCCGGAUUAUAGGGAGAAUCUAUAUCGAAUGGAAGACUGAUUUAGAGUGAAAAUUUCGAAAAUAUUUUGAACGUCUGUGAGAUUAUUCUUUUUAUGGGGAAAAAAUAGCUUGGGAUGCUGAGAUUUCAAGAGGAUGGAUUCUAUAUUGUGGCGUAAACGAAAUUUUUGUUACAUUAUUCAUUUAAAAGAUAUGAUGGUGAAGUUUCGUUUUUUUUAAAUGGAACUAUAUAUUUUUGAGAGGAUCAUGCGAUAGUGCUUUUCAAGAUGAAUUCAUCGACCCUUAAUGUAUCUACCCGAUUUUUAUUGGGUUCCAAGAUAGAACGCUUCGAAAUUUACUGAUUUUCAGCGGAAAAUUCUCGGUUUGAGUGACAAGUCAUAAAAGCGGUCCUAUUGUUCCGGGGUUUGACUCUGGCUGUUGAAACCGAUAGCAAGGGUCUAUGGUCGGAACGGCGGGCCCGAACAGUAAGAAACAUGGAAAGUAUUAGGUUGUCCGAAAAGUUUCUUUCGUUUUAUUAAUAAGUAAUACAUACAGUGGGUGUAGAAUGUAUUCGUACACCGAUCAAUGUCCCAAAAAACUUUUGUGUGAAAUUGUAGUUUCUUAACUUCUUAGUACAUAAAUAGCUAUUUUUUUUUGUAAUCUAUCUAUUUUAGACAUUUCUGAGAAUAUGUAGAAUGUCAUUGUUUAUAAAAAAUAAGUUAAUAAAUUACACUUUUACACAGUUUUUUUUGGAAAUUGAUCGGUGUACGAAUACUUUCUACACCCACUGUACACAAUAUUUUAUGUCUAAUGUUACAUUAUUGAAUUGUGUACGAUUCAUUUUACUCCAUUACUGUUACACCAUGAACAUCUAAGAAAUUAGAUUGUCUAUUUAUAUAAACACUACCGCACCAAAUAAGUGAGUGCAAAUUACGAAAGAAACUUUUGGGACAACCUAAUACAUGUCCGUCACGGUUUAAGUUUGCCGUUUAAAGAAAAUUUAAAGUCACUUUAAAUUUGCAUUCCAUUCGAUUCGCUAUUAAAAAACGUCGUAACCUCCCCUUAUGUGCAGAGAAAACUAUAACGAAUGUCAAUUCGUAGAUCGAAUUUCUCGUCUGUAAUUAAGAAGCGUAAUUCUACACGAACGAAACCAUAAACACACUUUACGCCCGCAUAAUUCUAAUUUCGAAGUCCGUUUGAAAUUCACGAUUACGUACGAUCCAAUGAUUGAACAUACCGGGAGCAAGGAUCACGUAUCCAUCGCUCCGAAUCGUUACUUUCCAGUCAUCGAUAACCAAAGACAAACAUUGUGAUCGAUCAUUUCCCGUUUAUCAUCACUUUCUAGUUCGUACAAGUGGAGAUACAAUCUAAGUAGUCAUCGUGAACUUAAUUUAAGUAAGAAACGAAUGAACUACGACACUUAUAUAUUUCAUACGUAAGGGAGAAAAAAAAAGAGGGGAGACGAAGAAGAUAAAUAAAAAAAAAAAAAAUUGAAUAAAUAUUCACGGAUGCGUUGUAAGAGCUUCGUACGCGUGCACGUGAGUUUAAUUUCGAAUUUUAUCAGAAUAUUUAUAUACGUCUAUACAUAUUACAUAUAUUUAUUGACUAGCGGAUGGAGAUUAUAGUCCAAUGCUGACAUCGUAUCGACAAAUCACAAAUUAAGACUGUUAUACCUUGUUGUUCGCGGUGCGAUACAAUUCGUUGUUACAUUGAAUAUCGUUAUUUAUUUAUAUCACGAGGCUGCUACUUUCAGGCUUUGUCAUUGUUCCUUGUAUUUCGUGCGAGACGGGAAAACUGAAAAUAUUUAUAUUCUAUUAGCUUGGCCAAAAAGUUCGUUCGAUUCGUUAACUACCAAUUCGACUGUCUCCCGUUUUUAAUUAUAUUAUUUCAAGUGUCUAACCCCUCGAGAGAUGAAUUUUAAAUAUAUUUUCUUUUGCUUUAAUUGAAUGCACACGAAUCAAAGCAUUAUUUAUCUGUAAAACAAGUUUUACAUAGAAAUAUGCUGUCUAAUAUUGUAUGUUUUUUGAAUUCUUUUUUUUUUUGUAAUUUUACUAUUAUAAUCAAACGUACACAUACACAUGUGGCAAUAUAUCCCUCAAGAGGUGAACACUUAUUUUUGAACCAAACAUUUUUAGAAUUGACUUUUCCUAUCUUCCGCUUUGUAGAAUAUUCACUAACAAUAAAUGAACGUAGCUUUAAUUCUGAAAAGGUUUCUGAAAACCCACAUACGAGUGACAAGGAUUUUCAUUAAGGAAUAAAUAAAUUCUGAAAGUGAGGUGUCGAGGAAAAUUAAUUUGGAUAGUAUAUUCUAAAGAGGUCGCAAAACAAGUACUACCACAGAUGUUAGAUCCUAUCAUUUCAAAUUGUACAGGAACAAAAUUUUAACCUCGUAGGAAUUCUCACCGUUAGCCUGACAGUGAACGCGUUAAAAUCCAAAUGAACUCUCUGGCCAACCUAAUAUUUGGCCCCCGUUAUUAGCGUCGGGGUGUCGUUUACCACGUCGCUUUUCCGACAAUCGCGCGUUUCGUUUUUUUUCCACCGUUUCUCCAACGGUUGAUAGUCGCUAUAAAAUUUAUUGCACACGCACACGUGGGUUGUCCAACCGGUGUCCCCGCUUGGAAGGCUUCGUCGAUAACGCCCGGAACAAUAAGCACUAUUUUUAACAGAGAAGGAAAAGAAUAGAAAGGAGAUUAAUGAAACAAAAACACAGAGGAAAAGUUGCGCCGAGGCUCGCGGCCGCGAUCAACGGAGCGAGUUAUUUUGUUAUCGCGUUGAAGGGCUGUAAAAUAAUAUUCUGAGCAGAAAAACAACGUGUAAUUAUAGAAUCUCCUUGUUUACGCAGACCCGUUGCAACCGUCGAUCAAUAAAAUUGUGUAUACGAGACCCUUCAGGACAUCCUACGUGUGCACGUUACUAAAACGCGCGUUACGUAGGGUUUAAUUUAGCACGUUCUCCGAGAGAUCGUGUUGUAUCUAUUAAGAGAUCCAGCGGCUGAUAUCGGAUUCAAUAAUAAUUUUGUUCGAAUUUUGAUGACGCGUUGUUUUCUAAGGAUCUUGGCAACUUCUCCUGCGAAACUGGACUUUUCUAAAUGGACGAGCUUACGGAUUUCAAUUUAUUUUUAUACAUUUUGCUUUACUUUCACGCGGCAAUUUUAUUUUAUUUUUAAACAUGGACUUGAUGGUUUUAUUACGAUUUAUUUCUGAGCUUUACUCGCACAUAUGAACUUUAUUUUAUGCAUUUUUAUUUUAUUCUCAUACAUGGAUCUUGUUUUAUUUUUAAUCAUCAACUUUAUUUCGUUUAUGAACCUUGACUCUUUAUUUAUAUACUCACAUAGUUUUCAUUUACAUUCUUUAUUUCAUUUCUACUUACGAAUUCCAUAUUAUAUACAUUUCUUGUAUAUAUAUAUUUUUUUUUUCAAUAAUUUUCAUUAUUGCUUAAUACUUACUUUUCGUCAAAGACUGUUACAUAACAUUUAUGCGAGAAACAGAACUCUUCCUAUCACAGAAGAAUGAACUUUGGUCCUCUACAUGUAAACUACCGCAAAUACGGAAAUGAACAAAAAGACGUUUACUUUAUUCCCAUUCGACACUUAUUUGCGGCUGUUCUAUAAACCUUUUACGUUUCGCCAAUGACAGCUUCGGACAUUUACCGACACGUUCGUGAAAUAUAUCAUUUCGACAUUUAACGAAACUUUAUUCCUAUCUCUUGGAGGAAGGAUUUGUUUAUUUUUAUUUUUGUUUCAUCGGCUUUGUUACACCUGCAACGGAUCGCAGGUUGUCGAGAAUAUGCCUCGUUAAAAUCGUACACGGUGAUCGCAAGAAAUUUUUGAUCAGCGCGACGAUAGCAUAAUUAAUGGACACGCUAUUUCGAAACGGUUCAAGACAUUCAAAAGCGGUGAUUUUAGAUUAGAAAGUAUAAAGGAAAAUAGGUCAAUUAAGAUUGGCGAUAAUGAUACAUAGAACCGCGUUAACACUUUCGCGACCGUGAAGUACAGCGAAACAAUAGAUGGAUAUAUAAUGAUAGUUGUACACUAACAGACUUUGACGAAGAUUAAUUAUAUUUCGUGCGUCAAGCAAUGACACGCAUGCAAAUAUUUAAUUUUCCACGCAUUCAUGUAUCAUUUAUUUGCCAUAUAUUGUUCAAGUGAGUAUACUAAUGCGUAUAAAUAUUCAAGCAAUAAUAAUUUCUUUUCGUUAUUUUUUAAAUAUAAAAUAAACUUCAUGUACACAAUAUUUGGUUUACAAAAUAUUUGGAAGGUAUGUUUCUAAGAAAAAGAAUGUUGGAUCUUGAAAUAUCUAGACAAAUGUUUUAUUCGUUAUUUCGUAUGUAUAAUUAUUCGUUAUUCAAGAUAUAAAGAUGACUAGAGCUAUUUUUAUUCGAUCAAUAUUUGUUUGGUAUAAAUUCAAUAAUAUUGAAAUAAUGAAUAAUAUUCAAAUUAGAUUUUUUCCUGUAUGUCCCUAUGUCGAGAAUAACACAAUUUUAAAUACGUAAAGAAAGAAAUCGUUUCAUAAUCAUAACGACUGUGAGUUAUCACCAGCUAACACACUAUGAGUUAUUACCAACUCUGUUGGAGUGAAAAGAAGGGUGACGAGUAAAAAGGGUCACUUGUUACGUAACUAUGGAUAAGGUGGCGUGGCAACUAACUACUGACAAGGGUCACAAUAAAACAUAUUUAAGACAAAUUGUUUUUCCCCAUUCAAACAUAAAUUCUGGGAAUACUUAAAAGUAUUAAACAUAUUUUUGUUUUUGUUAGAAAACUAUUAACCGCUCUAUUCUAUUUCAUCAUAGCAUUUAGCAGGUCUGCAAGCUCAGGCACUUAUUAUUUAAUUAAAUAUUAAUUCAUUCAUGAGCGUACAAAUAUCUAAGCAAUAAUUUUUUUAAUUUUUUUUUUGUAAGUAUAAAAUAAAUUUCAUGCAAUAUUUCAUUUUUUUUGUGUUAACAAAUUUCUUUCGCGCCUCGUUUGGGUUGUACGAUACACCCUCUAAGCGGUGUGCUCCCCAGUUUGGAGAACACUGCGAUAGAGGGUUAGGAGGGCGAACCACUUCUUCAGAGUUAACCGACAGAAAUAGUCUUUCCACAGUUGAUCGCUGCUAACCUUAUUUGUGAUAUUUUAAUUGACUUGGGUUCUAAUUUAGACCAAGUGAAUAGAAUCUCAGUAACAAGUGCUAAUUCUGGAAACUUGAGGAAAUCAAUAUCUUGGCAAUUACACUUUUGAAUUUGAUGCUAUUAAAAUUUGUGAAAAAUGAAAUAAUAAAUAUUAAACAUUUACUGGAUAUAUACUUGACACUUUUAUUUCCGAUUUCAAUACUUUACUUAAAUAUGAGAAUUAUUAUUUUAUGAAAGGUAUUUACGAGAAGAAAUUUAAUUUGUCUUGAUGAGAAUAGAAUAAUAGUUGGAAAUAAUACUUUGCUAACAAUGCAAACUAAUUUUUAUAUACGCGAUCUUUUAUUAUUGAACUUGUAGCUUUAGUUGUUUUUGUUUCAGAGACAUGUAAUAUAGAUUAAAUGUUUUUCACUUUUCAUGAUUUGUAGAUUAUUUGACGUAAGCCAAAGUUGUUCAAGUUGCAAUAAAAUAUGCAAGGAAUAAAUCAUCUACGUAACCACCGAUCUAUUACUGAAUUUAACGUAAUUGAUUAGAGAGGAUUAUAAAUUAAAAGCCGAUUCGAACGAACUUGUUAACCGAUCCGAUACUCGCUAGGUGUCGAGCAACAUAUCGUAGCCGUUAAAUUAGACGCGAAGAGUUAGUCUUUUCAAUCCUCCCGGCUCCUCGAUCGUCCGUGCCCUCGAGAGGCGGGAUAAUACCCAACAAUAAUAGCCACGACACAAUGGAGACGCUGACGAACGCGUCAUGGCACGCCGUGUGCACGCCACCGUGCUGCAAAAUGGGAAACAAAAGGCGGCGGUUGUCGUCAAAGGGGCGGCAAAUUCAUGCCGCUGCACGCGUCAAGGGACAAAGGAUAUCAAGAUGUUGUUGCUCCCGUUGGUGUUGCACGUUUUUCAAGUGGCCGUCGUGGUUAUUAACGGGAAUCUGACUCCGUCGGCUUUGGACGAGGCUGGCCUCUCGUCGGGGCGUGCACUCGAGAGGAUAGUCGGCGGAGAAAUCACCGAUAUAAGGAAAUAUCCGUUUAUCGUAAGUGAAAAUGCGCCCGUGACGUUUCCUAAAUAUCUAUUAUCGUAAUAUAAAAAACGGACACGCGAAUCACUCUGACUAUUUUCGAGAGAGGACACCGAGGUUCAGGGCUAAUGUCAAUUCACGCGAUCUCACCUAAAAACGUCUGGCACGACGAAUGGGGCCGAUUGCUUGGCCGUAAUUAUUUUUGUUAGAUUUUACAUAGAGAAUAGCGGAGCGCCGGGGUGUGCCCUUAUCGAUGGAAUUGAUUCGAUUAGCUGCGUAGAUAGCACCACGAAAGCGUUUUCAUUGUUUCCUGGGAGAGAUGCGAUUUUUAUGCCUUUGUGACGGGGGCAGAGAUCGGGAUCGUCUUGAUCGGAGGAAGUAGAUUUGUUCGAUGAAUACCGGAUACAUAUAUUUAUUUAUAGUAAAUAUUUGUAGCAGUUAUUCGUCGAAUAAAUGUACUUUGAGUAAUUAUUGUUUAUCGAGGAGGAUAAAUCAUUUUUGUUUUUUAUUCGUUACUUGAUAAAUAUAGUUAUGCAUUAUUCGUCUCACACAUUGAAUAAUUGGAGUCAUUCUUAUCGACAGAAUAAUUCAAAGAAAGAACUUUUAUAUUUUAUUCGUUAUUUGAUAAAUAUAUUCGCUAUUCGACGAAUGAAGAUAGCUGGUAUUUUUUUUCUUUUUUAAAUAUAAAGAUAAUGAAUUUAUUUUUAUUCAACGAGUGAUUGGAAAACUAUUUUUUAUUCUUUAUUCGCUACCUGAUCAUUUUUAUAUAGAAACAAGAUUCUGCCCAACUUUGGGUUUAGGGUCGCGAAUGCGAAAACCAAGGGUCGAGGUGGUACCCAGGGAUUUCAACCGUGAUCAAGUUAUGAUAAUAGAAGAUUCCUGCGUGUAUAUUGAGGAGCUGCAGGGAUUGUCCCUAGAUAGUAUUCAGAUUGACCGAUCAAAACUUUUCGAAAAGGUUGUGUGGAUAUUAAUUGAGAUUUGGUAUGACGUAAACCAAUGGUGAACAUCGCUUGGGGACGAUCUUUAUAGAUUCAUGCAGUACAUACGUUGAGUAUCACAGUUCAAAUUAGAUGCGGAUAUUGUAUCAUCAGAUUGAGUAUUUAUUAUUAUUAUUCUUAUAUAUGAAUAGGAAAGGAUAAUAAAUGUCUACCAAACAAAAAUUAUAAUUUGAAAUUAUGACUUUGGAAAAUACUUUGGUACUCUGAUGAUUUAAUAGAUACUUCAUUACUUCCAUAAUUCACUUAUCUUCGAAUGUAAUAUAAUUAAUGACGAGAAAAAAAGUCACAAGUCUCAUAAGUAACGAGGUGAAAGUUUGAAAUAGUCUCCUUUGACGACAAACAAGGAAAACAUUUGGUUUGAAGAAGUAACGAUUGAUUUCUUCAACUUUGAUCCUCAGGGGCUAUAGCUACGUUUGAUCGUAGCUACAGUACGGGUUUAGCGAUCCCGAGGUACCCGAGCUAUAAUAGUAAACGUAAAGCAAGAAUGAAACGAAUGGAAAGAAGGAACAAAUGUCAACUUGGUACAUUAGGUGUUAUAAAUUAAACACACCCUUAUUAAUAAAAACACUCGCACAAUUUCAACCUUGAUAUAUCUUUAAUCGAGCGUUGUUCUUGCUAAAUUCCAGCAUAAUUCAGCAUUAACCUAAAAAACGAAAAAUUAAUGUAUACAAGUAAUAAAUGAGUGUACAUUUGGUACCAAGACGAGAUAGAAUUUAAACGCUGUUGCCCACCUAACUUUAUAUACAUUUGUUCACCUUGUCUUACUUCAGUCCUAUCAGGUAUUCAUAAUUAAUAUUCCUGUGAUGGAAAAGUAUCGAAGAAGACCUAAUUAAAAGUCGAAAAGUUAAUUAAAUAAAUAAACUGCACUUGUUUGGAUGAAUCAUCCAGUAACAUUAAUUAUAACAUUUGUCCUUUCAAACCAGACGUUUUCCUCGGACAUUUCUUCGUCUCGUAAAAAGCAACGGAGAUACUUAAGGCACUCGAGUUAAAUAGGGCUUCUUGUACGUAAAAUUGUAUUUAAUCUUCCUUUUCAAAGACAGCGAAUGAAAUUCUGAGAUUCCCAACGUUUAUUCCGUAUCAGCAACCUGGAUUACAACUCGAGCCUCGUGUAACCGUAGUUUCAAGUAUACGUACACCUUCAAUUAGAAAUGGGCACUAGUAUUAUUGAAAUAAUAGAUAACUAAUAAAAUUAACGCAUAUCAAUUUAUUAGGAACGUUUAUUCAAUUGAACAAUUAAAUUCUUAUUUUUUCAUUGUUGGCUCCUUUCUUCUAAAACUCAAACUAACCAAUUUUAUCUCUUUAUAGUAUCAGUACAUAAAGAAGUAUACACAAAAGUUUGAAAACAGUCGUUUCAUUGAUCAUGAUAGGCUUAGUGUUAAUUAGACGAAAAUUCAUCUCUGCUCCCAGUAUCUUUGCUAUUCAUGUACAGCGAUACGUUUUCGUGCGUAUUUCUCAAAAUACUGAGAGUGAUCGUCGCGUAUAUCCACUUUAUCAAUAAGGUAUAGAGGUUCGCGGAUGACGAAACCGAAUUUUCAAUGUCAAUUUCUCGUAGGUCUCGAUCCAACAGCGACACUUUAGUCAUAUGUGCGGAGGUACUUACAUAGCACCGAGAUUCGUUUUGUCAGCCGCUCAUUGCAUGGUCAGGUGCGUUUUUAAGACUGCGACAAUUUAGAGUCUAUCGCUCCACGCCUUAAAAUGGUAGCAAAUUAUUCACGAUUAAUCGAAGAAUAUUCGCGACCGAUCGAGUGAAAUUCUUUUGAUCUUUUCACACGUACACGUACCUUUUUGUUAUGUUUAGGAUACAUUUGCUAUACUAGUCAGUAUACUAGUAAUUACUAGUUUUUACUAGUAAUUAUCUAGUAAUCCGAUUCACAAUCGGAUUAAUCGGAGAAAAUUAACCAAAAACUAAAGUGGUAAUUAGUCACCGUUCAAAUGGUAGCGAAUUUAAAAAUAGAAGAUUGUACCACAUUCAUAAAUUUAAAAGAUAUUAUAAUUAAAAUUAUUAUUCCAGUGUCAUAAAUCGCAAUCCAACGAAAAUAUAAUGAACAAUUCCAGAAUAAUUGCUAGUAUCAAAACGUUAACACGUAAAACCAUUAACGGGCGAACUUCCACGUCGUUUUCACGUUGAACAAGAUUAAUUUAAACUUUACUCGCGAGCACCCUGAAUUACGUAAGCCGUAAAUCCCUUCCGUUGGCGUUUUUCUACUAUAUAUUCCGUGUCGUACGGCACAAUAGUUCCAGUGAACCGAUCUGCUUAAUAACGUAGACACAGCAACAGAGAACGGUGAUGGGCAAAAUUCUUAACUAGACACAAAACUUCUAAUAACGAGUAAAAAAAGAAUUAUUCAUUCCUUACUCUUUGAAUCAGAAUUAAAGUUUGAAAUGUAAAAUGAAAAUUAAUGUUACCAGAAAUAAAUUAGGAUGAUAUCUGCUCUCUAAAACUAAAUAUUACAAAUUGUCCCAUUUGACGGUAUUUAUCGAUCAAUAAACAAAUAGCACGCAUAAAUCACGUUUGAAGUUUUAAUCCGUGAAACAAUCCACAAGUCAAGUUACGGACGUUUUAUAAAUAUUUAUCUAUUCUAUCGAAUAAAUCACUCUGUUUUUAUUCGUCACCCAUUAUUGAAAUAAACUUUUAAGUUCCUUUCAACGCUCGCGUAACGGGGAUUAGUUGGUAUCGUGAAACUGGGCGUGUGAUAAACGGUGUAUAGUCCUUUUGCUCUUUAUUACGGUCGUAGAUAAAAAGAAUAUCCCUCGAAACGGUGAAGCAUAAAUUUAACAAGUAGCGACGUAUGUAUUUUUAUGCUACCAUUUUACGGUCACGGGGCAAUCUCCGCUCGUAGCGCUUUCAUUGCUAUCAUAGACACGUAUGCUGCUUUGAGGUCUUGGAGCGCUCUUCGCGACAAUUAUGAUUAGGGUUGUCAGCUGCAUCAAGCCUGAAGAAGAGACCUAAUAAAGUUUCACCUUUCUAUAUGUAUAUUUCAGAGCCGUAACAAAAUUCAUUCUGGUAACAUUUCGACGUUUUUUAUUUAUUUUUUUUUUUUUUUUGUUGUUGUUAAGAGAAUGACGUGGAAAAUCAUAGGCGAGGAUGAUAUUUUGCGAAUAAAGUAAUAAACUUUUACUAUUUGGUAGUUAGUCCGCUAUAAACCAUUCAUAUAUUAUAUGUAUAUAAAUGGUUUACGAUAGUCUAUCUAUUAUAUGAAUUUACAUUUACUUAAAACUAAGUUACUAUGUUAUUUAAUUGAACUAACAUAAACUCCAGUUAUAUUUAAUCAAGUUAUGUGUAACAAACAUACUAGCAUCUCUUUUAAUUAAUUCACAGAAUUUGAAACUUACCCAUCAUUUUCCACUCUUAUGAUUAAAUAAAAAGAAAAUAGAGAACACCAAAUUUCUGUCACACAAUUUGAUCGUCUCGAAUACAAAUAAUAAAAAGAGAACAGAAAAUGACAAAGUACCGUUCUUCCCUUCAAAAAGAACAGUUGGCAAUCCUACUCGUGAUCAACUAGUGACGUCGAUUUCGCCUAGAAAACUACGCGUACGAUUCGAAUCUCGAUUAACUGAAUUGACUAAUUAACGAUGUCAUUGAAAUCCUCAGAUUGGUAAUCGUGCAAUCUUAGAAUAGAACGUCUACGUUGAAGAAAUAUAGAAAUGAUGUUAGCUGAAUAUCGUUGUUUUGUGCGAAAAGCGAUAAACAAACGUAUAAACGUACAAAAAAGAAAAAAAAAAUACGAUCGAUCGUUAGUGAUAAAAAUAGAUCCAGAGCGUUAUCAGGGGACAUUUUUGGGUCCUCUGUUAGACUAUGCGUCGCGAGUCAGCAUAUGUAGCAGCGUACGACGAACGGUAUCAGCAGUGAAAGGGUUAAGCGAUGUUACGUGAGCUGUUCGCUAUGAAACUGGUGUAAAUUCAUUUUAUUUAAAGUACAGUUUGUCCGAAUAUUAUUUUAGAAAUAUUAUUUGGCUGAGAUGAAGCUUCAUUGUUGAUGAAAUAUAAUUUCUUUGGAAUUGUGUCGGCUUUAGUUACUAAACAGAAUGGGGACAAUAGCUCCGUUGAAAUCCACUUGUUUCUAAAAAUAUAGUUUCUUGAAAUAUUGUGUUAGAAAUAUUAUUUGGCUGGGAUGAAGUUUCAUUGUUUUCGAGGCACAAUUUCUUUAUGUUCUUGUCAACUUCAAUUGCUAAAAAUAGUAGUCAGUCCAUGAAUAUGAACGUUCUUAUGUUUCUGCAAUGGUAAUGUUAUGUUCUCAAAUCCAUUACGCUAAGAAAAUAUAAAGGAACUAUGGUGUUACCAUCGCAUAUUCCUUAAAAUUUUACUAAUAAAUCUACUUGCCUAGACAAUCCCUCAAAAGCACCGCAACUCUCAUCGAUAUUUUCACCAAAAUUUAAACACAAACCCUUUUACACUUCGAAGUAAAUCUAAACAGACUUGCAUUAGUUUCAUAGCAAACGGCUCGCACCUGAUUAUUCUGUAACGAAAAACGUGAAAUGCGCAUCGUACUGUCUUUGUAUCGGUUGUUUAUACAUGUAUCGUGUUCGAGGAGCGUUCGUUUCGCGAUCAAGCUUCCCCACUUUGAAAACAAGGAAAAUCUCAACAGUGGCCGCCCGUGAUCCUACGUGCCGCUCUCAUGUUUUAAGACGGAAGAAAAUUUAUUGUGAACGCGUGACACGUAUGUGUGACCCGUGAAUUUUGAUCUUGUCGUGUUCGUUGCUUAGACCUACGUCCCAAGGGCACUGGAUGCCCCAGAAUCCACGUCGAUUCUACGCGAUCGCUGGAGCCACUUACGUAUACUUUCCGAGCUGGAGUUCCAUACAGAUGGAAUUGAUAGACCGACUAUUCCCGCACACGAACUUUAGAUUCUCGAGCAUGCAUAACGAUAUUGGAUUGUUCAGGGUGACUAUUAUGUGUAUAUAUAAACUCUAUGUGGAAAAUAAAAUAAAUAAAUGAGAAUAUAAUAAAUAACGACGAAAAAGGAGUGAAAGUAUAUAUCGAGAGGAGAGAUUGUUGAAAUAAGAAUGACAAUUGUUUAUGAUUGCGUUGAUCUCAUCGAUUUUCGACGUUCUUGAAAUAUAAAAAUUUAAUACCUUAGGGUACUACAUGUACAAAGUUCAGUAGCCAUAGAAUUUUAUAUACUAUUCUUCUUCUAACAGAUUACAAGUAUAACAAGUUGUUAGAAUAAUUGCAGAUGGAUAACAAUAAGCAAAAUAUUCGACUGCAUGUAAUGUCCAUCAGGUUGAAACUUAGAUCAUCUAUCAAUCUGCGUAUAAAUGUGUAUAGAUACAUUGUAAUAGAGAUCAUGUUGAGGACUUGGAAGAUUUGGACUUUAAUGCAUCAAAAUUACGUAUCUAUUUAAACCGGAGUUACAAAUGAUUGAAUACGAAGCCACAGAAUUAAUGUCUACACCUAAUAAUUAUAUCACGAAACACGAGAGUUGACAACAAAAAUUGUUCACUUUAAAACAAUCAAGUGUCACUCCUUCCCUCCCUCUGAAAUACUCUAAGACCGUUAAAAUCAUCGAGAUCGGUGCCAUUGUAAAUAAUUAUCGAGAGAAUGAACGAUUAAUCAUCCCUGUGUGUUUAUUUGUUAUGUGUAGCUUCAGAAACCCUUUUACAUUAACUCGUACGUGAAAUUCGUCGCCAUCCCUGCAGCAUAUGACGCAAACAUUUUUCAAAGGUACACCGAGCCGUGUACAGUGGCUGGUUGGGGACGACAUAUACCUGGCUCCAAUGUACGUACUCGCCAACGUUAUUUACUUGUCAUCUGCAGGAGUUACUUUCAUUUGGUCGAUGAAAGACUUGAGAGACGGAAUCUAUUCAUAUACGGAUCGCGUGGGUCGUUAAAAAUGCACGGUGAUAUUUAGAAGGUGGAUCUAGACUGCGAUAAAGACCACGAUGUACGUGUAACGUGUGCGUCUAAAUAAAUUGUGAGCACCGACAUAAACGGGUUGAUCGAACUCGUUGAAAUGUGCACGUAUGUUACGAACGAACCAGCCACGUGACAAUUAUUUAGUUCAUAUUAAAUGGUUGUUCCAAAUAGCGUUAGAGAAAAUUUAAAAAUAGUAGUUUUAUAUUUCAGACGCGACCUAGGAUGAAUAUAAAGUUUUUUUAAUUUAAUUUUUCAAAUGGAAAUGUAGAAUAUAAAAUUUUUUGAAUUAUUAUGUUUGCGAUUUUUGUAAUGUUGUGCUAUUCUUUUAUUUAAUAAAUUGUAACGGGUAAACUACAGUAAUGAAAUGACAAUUUGCUUACAGUGAAGACGAAAGUAUCAAAUAAAAUUUAUUAAAUGAAUAUGAUUACAUAAAAAUUCGUUAAAAAAUAAAAGUGGUAAUUUUGAAAGAAGUUUGUCACUCUAGGACAAAAUUCAAAUAAAACAAAAGCUGAUUAAUUUGGUAUAAUUGGAUAUUUAAUUUGAUAAAGUAAGACGUUUAAUAAAAUAGAAACAAUCGAUAUAGCAGCUGAAAAAAUAACCUUCUAAAGUAUAGUUUAAUAAUAAGAGGUUUAAGCUUGUGAACAUGAAUAAAAAGAAAUAUAAAAGAAACAAUAAUUCCAAUAAAAGUAGACUCUAUGAUAAAAACACUCAAACAAUGAAUUGAAUUUGUAUUCUAACAAAAAAAAUAUUAUUUUGUGAAUAAUCAGUAUAGAAUAAUUGUAGUUAAAUUACAAGAUAGUAUGAGAAACAAUUGUAUGCAUUUUAUGUCUGAACAAAUAAAUUCUUACUACCACUGAUAUAAUAUAAGGCUUCACGAGAGUGUAAUAUCGAAGGAUUCACCGCGCGGUCCUUUAAGCGUUCAUUCGCUGCACCAUAAAAAAAUAUGACACGAUUCUGUCCCUGCGAUACGAGUCUUUUCCCUUAUAUUGCAAUCUUCUAGAUUCACCUUCAAAAAUAUUACACUGCACUUUUCCAACGCCUAGUACGUCGCACAGUGUAAGUAGUACAUUUAUUCAUAAUUAGUCAUAAGCGUAUUAUUGAGAGCUAAUAAUAAAAGAAUUGAAAAGGUCAAAAUAAUUAUGAAUAUUAAAAACAGAUCGUUUGAUUAGGAUUCACUUCUUUAUUUCUUUAUCUCUGUUACAUUAGAAACUACAUUUUUUUCUCUCUUUUUCUUCGAGGUGUGUACAAAUAAUUCCAGAUAUGUUCAUUAAUAAUAUUUAAAUCGGAACUUUCAGGUGGCCAACUCAUCAAUUUUAAUGUUUCAUUCUCCUCUAAAUCUUUUAAAUGAAUUUUUUUACAAUUCUGUUACGUGUAUACGUAUAUAAUAUGCUAAUGUAGGUAUAUGUAUAAAGCACACCAACAAAUAUACAUGAUAUUUAUUUUAUUAACAUAGACUUAUAUAAAAGUGUAAUGUAUCAAAGUUCUUGUAACAUAAAUUAAGGUAUAACAAAUAUUUCCAAUAUUUCGAUAUGGUAUAUAAUAUAUAUGUCAGUUUUAUUUAGCAAGGAGCCGGCACUUAUCUCCGUCAUGUUGAUCUUCCUUUGAUUCCAACGGACAAGUGUCCAACGAUAGGAGUGGACAAAGAGUUUCAUUUAUGCGCAGGCGUGACAGAGGGUGGUAAAGAUGCUUGCCAAGUUCGUAACAAUCUAUAUUUAUGGGUGUUGUCUCGUUGUCGGACAGAUAUAGGCAAAAUUUUAUUCGAAUAACGAAAGACGAAUAAAAAUACAUCACAGCGAUACAUAUUGCGAUUUUUAUUCGAUUGAACAGUUGUAGGGACAAACUUCUAUUCAACGUGAAAUAGCAUUUCAUUUUACAACUCAAAUUAUGUUUAACGAGUAACGAAUAAAAAAUUGUUUAUCUUUUAUUCGUUAUUCGACAAUUUUCAUGUAGGUAAAAAUAUUGCCUAUCUCUGGUUCAGUCUCUGGCUCUCAAAUUUUUGUAAAAAGAAAAAUUAUACUACCUAUUAAACUGUUACAUUUUGUAUUAAUUAAUAUACUUGUAAAGUUAUUAUAUGAAUUUUUGUAUGUAAUUUACUUUAAUAAUAAGUCAGAUAUUAAAUAAUCAAGUUAUGAUCCUAUAUUGAAAGUAUGGCAAUUGGAAAUCAUUAUUACAUGUGAUUCUAUACAAGAAAAUGCAAAUUGAUUAUUUUUUAUCUAAACCAUAUGACUGCCCUAUUAAUUGCAGUUUAUAUUUUAGUACUACUUAAUAAUAAUAGAAAAAUGAUUAUAUUGCAGGGCGACAGUGGUGGACCAUUGCUGUGCAAUGGAACGCAAGUGGGAAUAGUGUCAUGGGGACAAGGAUGUGCUCGCCCAAAUUCUCCAGGAGUAUAUUGUAGAUUGGAUUUAUAUAUAGAUUGG